AUGGCUUUAAGACCUACAACUUGCAAGGAAGCUAUUUCUUUAUUUGAAAGAGAAAAUCAUAUAAAAGCCACCGAAGCCACAGUUGUUGAACUACGAUUUCAGUGGCCUCCAAUCGAAAAAAUGGACAGAGCAUUGUCAACUCUUGUCGCCUGCGAAAAAUUAACUCUAUCAUCAAAUAUGAUCGACAAAAUUGCAGGCCUUGCCGGCAUGAGAAAUCUUAGAAUCCUGAUGGUAGAUCGCAAUUACAUAAAAUCUUUGAUUGGCUUGGAAGCAGUAGCUGGCACGCUGGAACAACUUUGGAUAAGUUACAACUGCUUAAAAAAUCUUGAAGGUGUAGGAUGUCUAAAAAAAUUGAAAGUUCUUUACAUGCCCUACAAUCAUGUCGAAGAGUGGACUGAAUUGAAUAGAUUGCAGGAAUGCUCAGCAUUGAGAGACUUUUUUUUUACUGGCAACCCAUUAGUGGAAACUCAACCUGACAUUAAGUCCUGGCGCACUUAUGCGAUCAAACAUAUUCAGCAGAUAACUAUGCUCGACGGUGAACCCAUAAAUAAGGUUUAA